UAGGAUUUGUUCUCCCUAAAAGGAUUUGAUAGUUAUGGAGAAAUCACACUCCAGUCACAGAAGAAGAGGAGGAAGAAACCAGGAUCCAGACGUGCGUUUAUCAAAGCUUUUAUCCUAUGCAUUGCGUCAUGGAGCUGUCUCCAUAGGUUUGGACAUGGCACCAGAUGGCUUUGUCCCUGUCUCCUCUCUCCUUUCCCUUCCUCAGUUCCGUUCCUUUUCUCUCAAUGACAUUGAACGUGUAGUUAGAUCCAAUGACAAGCAGAGAUUCAUGCUGAGGAGCUCUGAACCAGAAGGAAAGCUGGAAAUUCGAGCAAACCAGGGACACUCUUUACAGGUGGAGGUGGAUCUCACCCCACUGGGAACAGAGCUUCCUGCACAAGCCAUACAUGGGACUUAUCUCCGUCACUGGCCAUCAAUUCUUCAUCGUGGACUCUCUUGUAUGAGUCGGACACACAUUCACCUGUCCAUUGAGCUCCCAGGAGAAGGUGACAGUGUCAUCAGUGGAAUGCGUAGGGACUGUGAAGUAGCAAUAUUUAUAGACCUUCCAAAGGCAAUAGCGGAUCAGAUCCCGUUCUUUUGGUCCGCAAACCACGUCCUGCUUACACCUGGUAAUGAAGAUGGUGUACUUCUCCCCAAAUAUUUUCUAAAGGCCCUCCAGCUCAGACCUCAGAGAAAGCUACUCCCGCUUGAAUGACAGAAAAUCUCCUUUGCCAAAUAAAUUAUUGUCGGAACCUUUUUUGUAUAUUUGCUCCUAAUUAAUGAA